AGAAGAUCCCUGAUUCUGUGGCAGACCUUUAAACAUAACAUAGGUUUCAUCUGAUUAUCUGUAAUUACAUUCUAGAUAUCUAAACAAUACAAAUGGAUUAGUUACAACUAUAUUUUGACUAUCAGGAAUAGUAAUUUAAGAUGUUUGUGUUUACAUUCUGACUAGCAAGAAUAAUUCAAGAUAAAUUACAUCUCAACAAGUCAAAUUCCUUUCAAUAUUAUAAUCCCAGAUAUUUAAUGUAGUUUUGACUUAUUAUUUGAUUUCACAAUAUCUGCAAUUUCAUUUUCACUAGUAAAAUUUAACUACUAUUUAAAAAUACAAAAGAGAUAUUUGGAACUUUCUUUAUAACUAGUCAUAAUUUAAUUGUCGGUUUUUGAAAUAGGUGUUUAAGAUAUAGUCAGUAAUUCAUUUAUACUAAUCAGAAUGUAAUUAGAGAAAUCUCAAAUUGGGUUUUUGUGUAGUAACAUUAUUCACCAACUAAUCAGAGAUAUCUUCUUUCACUAAAACGUUUAGUCAGAAACCAGUUUCAGAUAUCUGGACUGUAAGUGGGUUGAAACUGAUUUUAUGGUAAAACGGCUUGCCGUACCAGUGGGACAGAAAUAAAAUGUGAUUCUGACUCCAACCAGAGGAACCACAGAGAGUUUUGAACUGAACACAACCAGCAGAUGAUCAGAGUCUGGAAGGUUCUGUUAGAAACAACUGGGUCAGAUGCUUUCAUCGGAGGCCAACUUCUUCCAGGAGUACCAGAUGGAGGGCGUGACCUCUGAGGUCCAGGAGAUCUGCCUGGAGGUGAGUCCAGAACCCUGGAGCCGGGCCCUGAAGACGGUCCAGUCCGCCAAGUCAGUGAAGCUGAAGCUGACCAGGAAGCACUGCGCCUGUGUGACCGUCGCUGCCGAGCUGCCCACCCUGUCCAGCGUCGGCAGAGUCGUCACUCACGACGUUCCCGUCGACGUCAUUCCUCGAAGACUCUGGCAGGAAUUCCAGGAAGCCGGCGUUCCGGACUUUGAUGUGAGCGUCUACCUUCCUCCUCUGAAGACGAUGAAGAGCGUGGUGGACAGGAUGAAGAACCUCUCUAACUUCCUGGUGAUGGAGGCCAACCUGAACGGAGACAUGAACCUGAAGAUCCAGACCGAUCUGGUUUCUGUCACCACUCACUUCAAAGACCUGGGGAACCCAGCAUGGGGCGUUGACUCCUCCCAGGACGGCGGUCCGUCUCAGAGCAGAGACCCAGAGGUCAUGGCAGAGGUCACAGUGGACAUCAGGAAGCUGCAGCAGUUCCUCAUGGGUCAGCAGGUCAACCCCAGCAAGGCCCUGUGCAAUAUUGUCCAUCAGAACGUGGUCCACCUCGUCCUGCUCCAUGAAGACGUUUCUCUGCAGUAUUUCAUCCCUGCUGUGGCCUGAACCAGAUCAUCUGAUCCUCUGCAGAUAAUCUGGUUCUGGUCGGGUUCAGUGGGAGCUGGAACGUUUUUUCUCUACUGGACCCGGAGGAGCAGAUUCAGAACCUCCAUCCAGACUUUAUGAAGACUUUACCUGCUGAACUGAGCUGCUGCUCUAUUCAUGAAAUGUUUUAUUUUUAUACAGAGAUGAAGAUUCAGUGUCUGAAUCGUUUCUGAUUAAAUUCUGUAGAUUUUAAAUCUGCUGGAUCCAGAAAACCUCCAUGUGUUCCUGCUUUGCCCUGUGAUGGACCGCUGACCCGUCCAGCUUGUUCUCCGCCUCUCACCCAGUGACUGCUGGAGAGGCACCAGCUCUCCUCCACCCUUCCUCUGAUGGAGGCUGUUUGAACUGCAGCAGCAUAACUUCAAAUCCAACAUUGAGUCUGAAUACAAAACAAUCAUUAAUAAGGGUUAAAUAAAAACCAAUUAUUAUUAAAA